AUGCGUGUCAAGGCUUUUCUUACUUUAAUCGUCAUCGCGCAGAUGCAGCUUGGGCGGAUAACAAGGCAAUCGCAGGCCGGCCAAGAGGUCUUGGGUAUGAUGAAGGCGGCCCAAGGGAAUUUAGUUGAGAUGACUCUCUGUAGGGUUGCGAUCGGAAACAAGUCGAAAGGUAUUGGAUGGAAACGUGGAGUUGCAAUGUUCCACCGAUCCGCGGCCUCGACAAUUCAAGAGUCAAGACCCAUCCGGAUGUUUUCAGACUGGACUCGCGUAGCCGUACAUAUUAUCAUGGGCCGACUUCCGGCCAAUUUGUUUCCCCUGUCGGAUGGCGCUUUCCUGAGCCGCUCUAUCCAGAAGGUUUACACAAUGAGCGUGGAGAUCCUCCGGACCGGAGUCAUGUUGCAAAAGACGGACGUCCAUCCCGAAAUGAGCGAUGCAGUGGAUCACACGGCGCGGGAGGCCGAUGCCUUCUUUCGGCCCAUGCCCGAGCAGGCUGGCGAUGCGCUGUAUACGUACGUCAGGCUGACCGAGCCACUUAGCAGCAAGCAGUACCACAGGCAGGCCGCACCCGGAGAUGGAUCUUGA